CUUUACUCGAGCUCUUCCGCCGCUGAAGCGCCGUUCAGAGAUUUUCUGUCCGCCGAUCUGCGUCCAGUCACGGCGUCUGUGCGGCACCCUGAGGCCGGGAAGAGGAUCCAUCUGCCGUCCGGAGGGCUGGAGCUUCACUGAAAAUAAACCCGCGGAUGGUUUUGGACCUGGAAACCCGGGCCCGUAGCGGGAGCAGGGAGGAGGCCCCAACGCCCCCUUGUUCUGACCCAAAAAACAGCGCCGUCGGCCGGGCUGUCUGUCGAGCAGAAGGCCGGUGAGCCGCUGGCCGCUCCGGAGCUCGCAGGGUGGCUCCCGCGGAGGACGAUUAACGCGGUUGGAUCUAUUUUCUUGUCGCUCCCCAGCAGGAGGGAUUUGAAUCAGCGACCUUCUGGAGAUCCGCGGGCUGCUGUGAGCUAGCUCCCGGCUAGUUAGCUUCUGUCCCCGGCCAGCAGACAGCGGAGUCUGCGGAGGAACACAGGCGGGUUCCCGGUGCUUCCUCCUCGGUUCAACCCGCACCGGAGACACCGACAAUGGCGGCCUUGAUCAAAGAGAUCGUCAGCAGAAACAAACGGCGGUACCAGGAGGACGGCUUCGACCUGGAUCUCACCUAUAUUUAUCCAAACAUUAUAGCGAUGGGUUUCCCUGCUGAGCGUCUGGAAGGAGUCUACAGGAACAACAUUGACGAUGUCGUACGGUUUUUGGACUCGAAGCACAAGAAUCACUACAAGAUCUACAAUCUAUGUGCAGAGCGACAUUACGACACGGCCAAGUUCAACUGUCGAGUUGCACAGUAUCCAUUUGAGGACCACAACCCCCCGCAGCUGGAGCUCAUAAAGCCGUUCUGUGAGGACCUGGAUCAGUGGCUGAGCGAAGACGAGCAGCACGUCGCCGCCAUCCACUGCAAGGCGGGAAAAGGCCGAACCGGCGUCAUGAUCUGUGCCUACCUGCUGCACCGGGGCAAGUUCCAGGAGGCUCAGGAGGCUCUGGACUUCUACGGAGAGGUCCGCACCCGGGACAAGAAGGGUGUGACCAUCCCCAGUCAGCGGCGAUACGUCAUCUAUUACAGCUUCCUGCUGAGGAACCAGCUGCUGUACAAACCGGUCGCUCUGCUCUUCCACAAGAUGUUGUUUGAAACCAUCCCCAUGUUCACUGGAGGAACCUGCAAUCCACAGUUUGUAGUGUACCAGCUGAAGGUGAAGAUCCACACAUCGAACCCCGCCAACACCCGGCGGGAAGACAAACUGAUGCUGUUUGAGUUCCCGCAGCCACUUCCUGUCUGUGGAGACAUCAAGGUGGAGUUCUUCCACAAACAGAACAAGAUGAUGAAGAAGGAAAAGAUGUUCCACUUUUGGGUCAACACCUUCUUCAUCCCGGGGCCGGAGGAGAACCCCGACAAACUGGAGAACGGCAGCGCCGGGACGCUGCGGGAACCGCCCGACAGGACGCAGCAGAGCCUGGUGAUGAUGACGGGAGGAGACGGCAACGACAGAGACUACCUGGUUCUGACCCUGACCAAGACCGACCUGGACAAGGCCAACAAAGACAAAGCCAACAAGAACUUCUCCCCAAACUUCAAGGUGAAACUGUUUUUUACCAAGACGGUAGAGGAAGGAGCGAACUGUGAUGCGAGCAGCACGUCGGCCUCGGUGACGCCGGACGUCAGCGAUAACGAACCGGAUCACUACCGCUACUCGGAUACGACAGACUCGGACCCGGAGAACGAGCCGUUCGAAGAGGACCAUCACAAUCAGAUCACAAAAGUGUGACACACACACACUCUCACACACUUAGAUAUACGUGUGUGUGUGUAUAUACACACAGUAUGUAUGUAUGUAUGUAUACACACUCAUGAACCCCCAGAUGGAGACUAGCACGUUAGCUAACAGGGGAAUAUAACCGACGGACCAGAACUGAUCAAUGGGACUCAAAGAGCUCAUGUCAGUAUAUAAGCUCCUCCCCCUCCAAUCUUCUGCUCAGCUGGACAAUCACAGGAAGUGGCGGCCGGAGGCGAGGAGGGCGGGGAUAAGUGUGUGGGCGGGGCCAGGUCAAAUGGACAAUAAGACAGAUGAAUGGACAGACAGAAGGUUUAAAGAAUAAAGGAGUAAAACUUGAAUAUAAACAAACUGAAACACAAGUAGACUUCUUUAGAGAUGUUUGUUGGAUAAAUCCCCACAAUCCUUCCUUCCUGACCCGUAAGAAACUUUAUGCAGACCAAUCUUCAUUUCCAUCGCUUCAAUCUUCAGUUGUGACGCUGGUGGACUCUUCUCUCUGUGUGCUCACGGCCAAAUGUACAAACGGUUCUGAAUCUAAAUUAAAUCUGAACGUAUUUAUUGGUGCAACUUCUAGUGGUCCCGAAUAGUGAAUCCAGAUCCUCUCUCUAUCUCCCCCUGGUGGCUGACUGCAGUAUAGACUCUCUCUAUCUCGUAUAUAGUGAUGUAAUGAUUACUCUGUGUGGCUCUCGAGCCCGUGGAAAACAAACCAGUCCUCAACCCUGAACCAGCACUAGCGCCAGAACCAGAACUAGCAUUGGUGGAAAGGGGGACAAGUCAGUUAGUGGUCUAAGUACUGUGAUGAUUGUCUCUGUUCUCAACCAAAGAACUGAGCCCUCCAAACUUCUCUUAAGAAUCUUUCUCCCAAAUUUGAGUCAUGUUUGGACCAAGCUGGACCAGUCUCAGUGCUGGUCUUUACCAAAUGUGGACCAGUUUCAGGUGGUUUGGACUGGUUUUGAGGCAAAGCAGCACACAGAGAGAAGAGAUGGCUUGUUUGAAUGUGAUGAAGGUAGACGAGAAACUUAUUUUAUUCACAAUCUGCAGUUCUGUCAAUCAUCUACUGUUGAAACAACACAAACAGUUCAAACCUACUGUGAACAAUUCUACUGUCUGUCUGUCUGUCUCUGUCUGUCUGUCUACAGUUUUGCACAGAAGGAUUCUCUUCAAUCAGCUCCUACAGUUACAGUUUCCGUUAUAUCAAACUUUAAACAAGCUGCACGCAGUGUAACUAUUCCUUCAGCCAGUCGGUUAACUCAAACUACAACUCCAUAGCGCUUGGUUUUGAUGUGCCUGGGAAGCCAGGUGGGUGGGGUUUUAUAAAGAACUGCUCACUGAUGGCUUUAUACUCGAUCCAUCCAGAGAACAUUUGGUUCUUUUUAUAAAGCUACCGUUGGAGGUUUUAGCUCAACCUGGAGAUCAGAAUAUUGAACACGGAUAAAGUGAGGGUUGAUAUGAACGAUCAGUCUGCUCCUGACUCAGAUUUUUUUGGAUCAUCUGCCAGAGGAUGUUGAGAAACUGUGUUCCACCAAUGUGCUAGAAGAUUGUUUGAGCAAACAGGUGCUGGUCAGUCCCUCCAGGAAGUUGCGAUCUUAAUCUUAAUUACAGAGUUCCCACAUGUCCUGGAAAACCUGGAAAUUUGUUUCCCAGUCAUGGAAACACCUGGAAAUAAUCUCUGUUGUUUCCUCACUCAGUUCACCUUCUUAAACCCGGGUUAGUGGAAAACUAGUAAACUAGUCAAAUCACCGGAGACGCUGCAGAGAAAUGUGUCCCAUAAAUAUUGACCACAUACCUUUUAAUGAGUCGAAUCAUUGUAGCUUCCUGCACAAAACAUUGAGCCAUAGGUCACCAAACUCACUUCCUUGUUUAUAGUUUGAAGAUGCACACGUGACGCGUACGUCUCACAUUGACCCUCCAAACUUUGCGAUUUUAUUCUGGAACAAGUUCUCAAUUUUUCAUGAAUAAUACAAAAAAAUUGCAACUAUUUGUGCAACUUCUACUUUCUCCUGCAUUUUAUUGCAAAAAAAGCCAAAAAAAAUAAGAAAAUGCAUCACAGUUAUUUAGAACCCGCCGUGAAAUUUUAGGCCUGCGAGAUCCUGGAGGGACCGAUCAGUCUCCUGAGGUGUGACCUCUGUGUGUUUUUGGUUUCUGACAUUUCAGAAACAGGACGUUCUACAACUAUUACUCUGAUUAUUAAUCAUUUUACUCAUCACUACCACUUCUUGGAGACAUUUAAGCACUUGCUAACUGUACCUUUACCAACAGUUUUAGGAUCACAUUAGCAUUACAGGUUCAAGACUCCUCCAUCUGGAUCUUACAGAAGAUACUGAACGUUAGGGAUGCUCCUGUGUGUCUUUUUACAUCGUAGGUUUAUUUGGAGUCAUUACAGUGAACCUGUUCAGUUCCUGUUCUCUGUUCUCUGACUGAAUGCUGGUCCAUAGAAGAUCAUUCCAAACCAUUUUCUUAAUGUAAACAGACUUUAUUGUUUAGAUGCUUCCUGAUUGGUCGGUGUUCUACUGCAUAAACAUACCACGAAGUUGGAAGUACUGUUUGCAGUUUAGAGAUCGGAGAGGAGAUUUGUAUUGAAUAGCAGUGAAUUUGUUCAGAUUGGAGCAUCCCUAAUGUUUAUCUAAACCUCCAGAUUGGGUUUGGGCAGAAGUCUGAUUUCCGUCCUAACGUUUGGUGCUACUACCAUCAUCGGCCCUGUGUUGGUCCAGUAGUUAUUGAUUGUAGGUGCGGUAUUAAGACUCGGGAUUGGGUCUUGAGGUUCCCGUUGUCAAGCCUGUAGGCCUGAUUACACAGGACGUUCUCUGAAGGCUUGCAAACACGAAACUGCUUUUAUUCUGAGAAGCUCCAACUUUUAUCUGAUUGGAAAGUAAAGAAGUUGCAUCACUUUCUCACAGCGAGGUGUACCAGCCAGAUAAAUAUCCUGGUUCCAGACAGAUGAAUGAAACGGAUGAUCAUUUUCCUGAUUGGAAAAACAAUUGAGGCAAUCAGAGCGUUGUAGGUGGAUUUGAAAUGUGAAUGUUGUCUUCCUGCCACAACAGUCAAAUCUCAACAGAAAACACAACUAAAUGAGCCAAGAAACAAAAUGGACAUUGGGAUUCUCAAAAAUAAUCCUCAACUCCUUGAAGUCACUGGAACAAGUAGAAGAAAGUACGUCCUGUGUGAUCAAAUCUUUAGCAUGCUAACAGCUAGCCAUGGUUGAGCCUACAGUUCCUCUUGUUGGGUUUAAGGUGCUAAGCUAAGCUAGCCAGGGCUGAUGCUGAGUCUGUUCAUCUGUGGCGCUCUCCAGCAGCCACGAGUGUGGUCAGCAUGGCGAUCUGUCCACAGGCUGUUUGCAUUUUACACACCUCCUGUCCUGAGUCGUGUUAGGUGCUGUCAGGCCUGGUCUCACUUCCUGUCAUCAACCCGUUCAGAUGUGACUGGUGUCACCUCAUUCAGUGGAGCAACGAAUUCACCCAGGAAACAAACAGCCGUGGACUCUUAUGUCCGCUUUGUGUCAGUCAAGCUGAUUGGUUGAGACAACUUCCUGUUGGGAGGCGGGUUCAAACCCAAAAAUAAAGGCUUAAAUAUUCUUGUUUGUAAAAGUCUAAGAAAGCAAAAAGCUUUUAGUUCCUCCUGUUGAUGCUGGCGGGAUGCUCCAUGUACUGGUUUGCACUGACCGGGUUUCAGGUGUCUGAGUCCAGGCAGGUGCUGUCCACGUCUCCAACUGUUUCAGGUGCUUAAUAUCUUCUUCUUUUAACCAUUUUAUAGUUGUAGGUCGCAGUUCAGCUGCGUCAGAUCCAUUAGAAAUCCUUUGUGAUGAACCAGUGGAUUCAAACGUUUGUACCCUAAACUAUUCAACGUUUUUAAACAGUGUUCAGGGUUCCUGCACCGAACGGAGAUGUCACGACAGCAGAAAUGGAUUUUCCUUUGCAGUAAUGUUAGCUUUGACUUUGGACUCGUUAGCGGACUCCAUUUCAACAGCACAACAAGAACAUUUGUUCUUCAUUCUGGGAUCUCCCAGUUUCUCUCCGUUAGUUUCUGCUUUUUUUCUGCCACCACAAUGUGCAACUGCAGGGACGUAACUCUAACAUCCACUAAAGUGGUCUAUAGCUGCCCCGUCAGGUCCGGCAGAGUUCAAUCUCCGGUACUGUAGAAAACACGUCAUUCAGAACUAAAUCAACUUGGUAUCGGUUCUCGUGACAUCCCUAGAUAUUACCACGACCUCCGCACAGGAAACGGAAACCUGUUGAUUUAAAAACCUGAAGUUGAGUCUGAACGUUUGAAUCUGUAAAGGAACCUUCAACAAUCAACAGUUUUACACACAGAAGAAUAAACUCGAAGCUUCUUUAACUCUUUGUGUUUACAUCUCAUCACCAAACCUGCCAAAUGAAGCUCCGACUGAUGUUUGUUUGUUUGUUUGUUUGUUUGGAGUUGACGCAGUAAACAUGUCCUUUCUUGUGUUUGCCUUAAGGGGUGGUCACAUUAACCUUCGUUCAACCUAAAUAAUGGAGUCUACAGGUGAACUGAGAGUCCGCUGGAGAUCUUUAGUUUGUCGUUGUGGCUUUCGGACUGAGGCGUCAUGUGACCGUAACUUUACUAGAAACCAACAACAGUUUUCUGCUCUGAGUUGGUUCCACCUGUCCUUACCUGUCCUUACCCGUCCUCACCUGUCGCUCUCUGUAACACCUGUCCUUACCUGUCCAGGUGACUGAGCCCCGCCCCUCGGUUACUGUUGCUAACCUGUCUACAGUGGUGGCGGCAGUGUAAUCGCCCAUCAGAGCAGAUUAUUUUUGUUUGUUUCAGUGUUCCUGUUCAUGAUGAUUGUCGUGUUUUUAUUUGUCAGGUAUUGAUUUUGUAUCAGUCAGGAAGCUCAGCAGAACUCUGGCCUGUAUCACCACGGAUCAAUACUUCAUGUUAAACUGACCCUGCCCCCCCCCCGCACUUCUUUUAUUCUUUCCCUCCUCCUUUUAUAAUUAAAUAAAAACACUGUAAAGUGAAUAAACUAUUUAUAAACAUC